CAGUUUUCGGCUAAUACCGUAGUUAUUCUCGCUUUAAUUUUUGCUCAUAUAAAAGGGCAUACUCACAAUCCGAAAAUCAGUAGCAAUCCAACAAUCAAUCGAAUAUUAACAGCUUAAAAAAAUUACAAUAAAAAUGCCAUUCAAACUCAUCGCUUUUGCUACUCUCGUCACCCUUGCCCGUGCUGGCAACUUACUACCUGCUGCUUACUCAGCUCCUUUGAACUAUGGUAGUCCAGCUCUAGCAUAUUCUGCUGCCCCAGCUGUAGCUUACUCUGCCGCCCCAGUAGCUAAAGCUGUAGUAGCCGCCCCAGCCGAAGAAUACGAUCCCCAUCCCCAAUACAGCUACGGAUACAACGUCCAAGACGGACUUACCGGAGACAGCAAAACCCAAUCCGAAACUAGAGACGGAGAUGUCGUGCAAGGAAGUUACUCCCUUAUUGAAGCUGAUGGUACCAGGAGGAUUGUGGAUUAUACCGCCGACCCGAUCAACGGAUUUAACGCUGUGGUACACAAGGAACCCGCCGCUGUAGCUGCCGCCCCUUUGGCUUACUCUGCUGGUCCAGCAAUUGCUAAAGUGGCCGCCCCGGUUGCUUAUGCCGCCCAGGCUCCUGUGGCUUAUGCUCAACAUGCCGCCCCUCUGGCUUACUCUGCCACCCCAGCUAUCGCUAAAUACCAUUAUUAGAUGUUAAGUGUUUUUGAUUGUUGUUAUUAGUAUUUGUUAUUAUUUGAGGAAAUAAAUGGAUAGAUGAUUCCAAUUAGUUGAAAA